AUGAAGUCCUCUGACUUGAUUUUGUUGCUGGCUGCGACUGCCUCGACGGCCCAGGCUAGUGAUAAGUCUGCUCGCCCUCGUGGUGUAGGCCCGGAGUUUGCGAAAUUCUACCAGGACUCGCCGACAUUUACCUGUAUCUCGAACCCUUCGGUCCAAAUUCCCUUCUCGGCCGUCAAUGAUGAUUUCUGUGACUGCCCCGAUGGAAGUGACGAGCCCGGCACAGCUGCAUGCGCACAUAUCUCACGCAACUCGCCACAGAUAGUGGCAGACCGACCCGGCAAUAGCGAUCUGGACAUCGCCCUCGCCCUGCCCGGAUUUUACUGCAAGAACAAGGGCCACAAGCCAUCUUACAUUCCCUUCCAACGAGUCAAUGAUGGAAUCUGCGACUAUGAGCAAUGCUGUGAUGGCAGCGAUGAAUGGGCCCGUGUUGGUGGAACGAAGUGCGAGGAUCGUUGUAAGGAGAUUGGCAAGAAAUGGCGGAAGCAGGAAGAGCAGCGCCAAAAGUCUAUGACUGCUGCUUUGAGGAAGAAGAAGGAUCUCCUUGUCGAUGCUGGUCGCCAGCAGCAAGAGAUCCAGGAUCACAUUGUUAGCCUCGAGGCCGAGAUUCAAGGUGCCGAGGUAAAGGAACAGAGCCUUGAGGCUGAUCUGAAGACUGUCCAGGAGCAGGAGCGCAAGGUCGUUCGUUCUGGAGGUGGCAAGGGCAAGGGCAAGGUUAAUGCACUCGCUAACCUCGCUAAAGGCCGCGUUGAUGAGCUGCGGAAUGCGCUUGUGGAUGUGCGUCGCCAGCGGGAUGAGACCCGUGAGCGGGUGAAGGAGCUCGAGGGCAUUUUGUCCAAGGUCAAGGUUGAAUAUAACCCUAACUUUAACGAUGAGGGCGUCAAGCGCGCGGUGCGAAGCUAUGAGGACUACGCUGCUCGGGAGGAUACCACCGACGACACAAACAGUGCCCAGGACCGUGACUUGGAUGAGAUUGCUAAGGUUGAUGGCGAGGAAAGCGGUGUUAACUGGGAGCACUGGGAGAAUGAGGAAGAUGGCUGCCAGGACUCGGAUUUAGUUUACAAGUUGGCCGCUUAUCUCCCGCCAUCGCUUGUUAGCUUCAUUGAAGACAAGGUCCUCUCAGUCAAGAGCUUCCUUGAAAACAGCGGCAUCGUAGCCAAGUCCGAUGAGGAUUCUUCUUCGGAAUCCAAGGCCGUGACUCGAGCACGUGAUGCUCUAAAGUCUGCACAGGACUCUGUGGCCGAUCUGAAGAACAAGCUGCGUGACCAGCGUGCGGAUCUUGAGACUGACUACGGCCCUGGCUCUAUCUUCCGCGCCCUCAAGGGGCUCUGCAUCACCCAGGAUGCCGGCGAGUACACCUACGAGCACUGCUUCCUGCAGUCGACAAAGCAGAACCAGAGAAAGGGAAGCAAUUCCGUGUCCAUGGGCAGAUUCUCCCACGUUGGAACCACCAGCGUGGAGGAAGUCAACGAGGCUGGCGAGGUCAUUUCUGUUGAAAAGACCGUGAUUGAGUACACCCGUGGCCAGUCCUGCUGGAACGGACCGAACCGCUCCACCAAGGUCAUCUUGGAGUGCGGCGAGGAAAAUGAGAUCUUGAAGACGGCAGAAGACGAGAAGUGCGUGUACUCCAUGCGCGUUACCUCGCCGGCUGUCUGUGCUGAUGGCGAGGAAGGAGCAAAUGGUGCACCUCGCUCGAAAGAUGAGUUGUAA